CACCAGGCGUCUCCUUAUAGCCUCUUUCCCGAGAUAAAUACUCUCGUCAGCACUAUUCAGUACCACACGCUUCACUCGAACGAAGGGUUGGAAGAAAACGUAUCCUACAAGCUCUACGGUUGUCAGGUAGGAGAUACCUUGUGCUAUGUUUAGCAAGAUUUUAACACAUGUAUCAAGCGGCGGAGCAUGCCGCCCGCCUUGCGUUUUUGUUUAGUUUCCGGUCUAUGCUGCUUGACGUUUUCUGCACACGGCACCGUAGUUGUUGCUAGUGCAGAGUGCAUAAAUUCAUCUCAUGGCGCUCUCUUUUGAUAGUAAACUCGGUGUAUUUCGUCUCCGAGAUGAAUGUGGUCGUUACAAAAGACCAUUUGAUUGUUUUUCAUUUGCUCACGAUUGCCUAUCAUUUACACCCUGACUAGGCCGUGGCAAGGCCCGCGAGCAACCACCAUAUGAUCUUCCUUCGAAAUGCUGCAUCUCUUGAUAAACGAUAAAGAAAUAUCUAGCUAAUUCUGGGUACUUGCAUGUUGGCUGUUGUGAUAGGUGACUUGUCGUGGUCACGACUCAUUGUCCCCCUCAAACUAGUAGUAUGGAUCUGUCGCGGUUCGUAUGUACGUAGCUAGCUAAUCUCAGACCCCACUGGCCCAAUUUUGACCAAACGGGUGAAUGAUGCGUCUUGUCAUGGUUGGUGCAAUCCGAUUUCUUUGUGACGUCCCUACCCUAAACCCCUACCUAAACUAUAUUAAAUGUAAACCUGGAUGGUAUAGGGACGUAUAGGGACGUACCAAGGAUCCUGAAUAGCAAGGACCAUAUUGUCAUAGAGAUCCAAUAGUAUGUGAAUGUGGAUCCGCAAUUCGGGGCGUUCUUGCAUGUUUUCAUUCCUGCAUCUGCAGGAACGCCCCCCAUCCAGCAUCCCAUUGUUUAUUACAUGAACGUCUCCCCAAGCGGGGACGAAGGACAUUGUCUACCGGUGUCCUAGCUUGCUAGUUAUCGGUGUCGCUCCCGCCUGCUGUCCCAGCACACAGUGUCCUUCGCUAACACCUGCCAAACACUUGCCGUUAACAGAACUGCGGGAAAGCAAUGCCCGACAGGCGGGGUAAAGGACACUGCCUACAGGUGUCCUAGCUAGCUAUCCCGCCUGCUGUGUACCGGAGUCCUAGCUAGCUAGCACACGUUUUCCUUCGCUCCAGCCUGCCGAACACCUGACCUUGCUGUCGUUAACAGACCUGCAGGAAAGCGGUGGCCGACAGGCGGGGAGAAGGACAAUGUCUAUCGGUGUCCUAGCUAGCUACCAUUUUCGCCUCCGCCCCUUCUUCUGUGGGGUUUAUUGUUGGUUGGCAUCCAACGUUAUGUUCAUUACCGCCACCUACUGUACUGGAGCGCCCCCGCCACUUGCCUGUGAACCGGAGUCCUAGCUUAAAAAUUGACCUUCACCCCAGUCUGAGGUCCUAACCUGCUCCAGAGCGCUCUUCAUCAAGGAUCUCUCUGUACUUUGCUCUGUUAAUCUUUGCCUUGAUCCUGACUAAUCUCAGAGUCCCUGCAACUGAAAAGCAUCCCCACAGCAUGAUGCUGCCACCACCAUGCUUCACCGUAGGGAUGGUGCCAGGUUUCAUCCAGAUGUGACGCUUGGCAUUCAGGCCAAAGAGUUCAAUCUUGGUUUCUUCAGACCAGAGAAUCUUGUUUCUCAUGGUCUGAUAGUCUUUAGGUUUGCCUUUUGGCAAACUCCAAGCGGGCUGUCACGUGCCUUUUGCUGAGGAGUGGCUUCCAUCUGGCCACUCUACCAUAAAGGCCUGAUUGGUGGAAUGCUGCUGAGAUGGUUGUCCUUCUGGAAGCUUCUCCCAUCGGCUCAGAGGAACUCUAGAGCACUGUCAGACUGACCAUCGGGUUCUUGGUCACCUCCCUGACCAAGUCCCUUCUCCCCCGAUUGUUCAGUUUAGCCGGGCGGCCAGCUCUAGGAAGAGUGUUGGUGGUUCCAAACUUCUUCCAUUUAAGAAUGAUGGCAGCCACUGUGUUCUUGGGCACCUUCAAUGCUGCAGAAUUGUUUUUGUACCCUUCCCCAGAUAUGUGCCUCGACACAAUCCUUUCUCGGAGCUCAACGGACAAUUCCUUCUACCUCAUGGCUUGGUUUUUGCUCUGACAUGCACUGUCAACUGAGGGGACCUUUAUAUUGACAGGUGUGUGCCUUUCCAAAUCAUGUCCAAUCAAUUGAAUUUACCACAGGUGGGCUCCAAUCAAGUUGUAGAAAAAUCUCAAGGAUGAUCAAUGGAAACAGGAUGCACCUGAGAUCAAUUUCAAGUCUCAUAGCAAAGGGUCUGAAUAAUCAAUCAAAUCUAAUUGUAUUGGCCACAUGCGCCGAAUACAACAGGUGCAGACAUUACAGUGAAAUGCUUACUUACAGCCCUUAACCAACAGUGCAUUUAUUUUUUUAUAGAAAAGUAAAAUAAAACAACAACAAAAGUGUUGAGGAAAAAAAGAGCAGAAGUAAAAUAAAAUAACAGUAGGGAGGCUAUAUAUACAGGGGGGUAUCGGUGCAGAGUCAAUGUGUGGGGGCACCGGCUAGUUGAGGUAGUUGAAGGAAUAUGUACAUGUGGGUAGAGUUAAAGUGACUAUGCAUAAAUAAUUAACAGAGUAGCAGCAGCGUAAAAAGGAUGGGGUGGGGGGGCAGUGCAAAUAGUCCGGGUAGCCAUGAUUAGCUGUUCAGGAGUCUUAUUGCUUGGGGGUAGAAGCUGUUGAGAAGUCUUUUGGACCUAGACUUGGCACUCCGGUACCGCUUGCCGUGCGGUAGCAGAGAGAACAAUCUAUGACUAAGGUGGCUGCAGUCUUUGACAAUUUUGAGGGCCUUCCUCUGACACCACCUGGUAUAGAUAAGGUAUUUCUGUUUUAUUUUUAAUACAUUUACAAACAUUUCUAAAACCCAGUUUUCGCUUUGUCAUAAUGGGGUAUUGUAUGUAGAUACUUUUUUAUUUAAUCAAUUUUAGAAUAAGGCAGUAACGUAACAAAAAGUCAAGGGGUCUGAAUACUUUCCGAAGGCACUGUAAUCUGUGUCCAGGAAACGGCCUCUGUGUGUGUGGUUUAUUCCUUUCAAAAGGUCUGGAUUAGUUAGACCAUUCCCGGUGAACAAGCAAACCAUUAGGCAACUGCAGUUUUAAUAGUUUCAAUGUAAUGGUCUCUAAUGGUCUUGAAUGGUAAAAGUCCCAAACACACAAUGACCAUGUUUACAUUCUGGAUAGUAGCUCAUAUAUCCCGCUUAAGGUCUUAUUCGGGAUAGGUUGUUUACAUUAAUCUUUGAUAUCCCGCUCACGAGUAUCCCUGUAGACAUGAAUAAAUAGAAUAUUCCUAAUUUAAAAUUCAUAUGGGUUAAAUUGAAUAGUAACUGAAAUAUGGACACUGACUGUAGGCCUAGAACCUCUCACAUGUAGCACAAUAUAAUAUUAACUCCUGCAGAAUUAUGCAUUUCUUGCAGUAAAAUCAUACAACUAAUGUUAAUUUUGUCUCGAACAGGAGUGGAGAAAUAUAAUUUAUUUCAGCAUCUCUUGAGAAAAUGCGAACGCGCCUGUAAUGUGUUAUCUUUGACACUGUAAUGCAAGCGGACAGGAUUUUAACCACAUUAAAUAUGUACAGAUGACGAAUUGAAGUCUUCAUCAUUUUCUCAGCUUUUCAUCUACUUAAAACCGUUCAAACUGAUACCAUUUUGCACAGGACCAAUCUUUCCAGUGUUUUGGAGUUGCGUUUUCUCCCCGGUCCCUAAACGAAACCGACAACUUUACCGGUGUUAACUACACAUAACAAAAAUAUGAACGCAACAUGUAAAGUGUUGGUCCCAUGUUUCAUGAGCUGAAAAUAACAUCCCAGAAAUGUUCCAUUCACACAAAAAGCUUAUUUCUCUCAAACUUUGUGCACAGAUGUUUACAUCCCUGUUUGUGAGCAUUUCUCCUUUCCCAAGAUAAUCCAUUCCAUCUGACAGGUGUGGCAUAUCAAGAAGCUGAUUAAACAUCAUGAUCAUUACACAGGUGCACCUUGUGCUGGGAGACAAUAAAAGGCCACUCUAAAAUGUGCGGUUUUCUCACACAACACAAUGCCACAGAUGUCUGAAGUUUUGAGGGAGCCUGCAAUUGGCAUGCUGAUUGCAGGAAUGUCCACCAGAGUUGUUGCCAGAUAAUUUAAUGUUCAUUUCUUCACCAUAAGCCAACUCAAAUGUCGUUUUAUAGAAUUUGGCAGUACGUCCAACCGGCCUCACAACCACAGACCACAUGUAUGGCGUCCUGUGGGCGAGUACCCUAUGGUGACGGUCUGGUUAUGGUAUGGGCAGGCAUAAGCUACGGACAACGAAAUACCGUGACGAGAUCCAUUUCUUUUAAGGUAUCUAUGACCAACAGAUGCAUAUCUGUAUUCCCAGUCAUGUGAAAUCCAUAGAAUAGGGCCUAAUGAAUUUAUUUCAAUUGACUGAUUUCCUCAUAUGAACUGUAACUCAGUAAAGUCCUUGACAUUCUUGCAUGGUGCGUUUAUUUUUGUACAGUAUAGAUGACUAAUUCUGUCAAUUUAAGGGUGUUUUCACAUUUGGUCCCUUUUACCUAACUUUUUGUGCAGUGUGAACACGCCAAAGGAGCUCAGAACCCUCAAAAGAGCCCCCGAACCGAACAGAGACCAUUCCCUUUUUAGGGGCGAUGUGAAUGCAAAGCUCCCCAGGUUCGCUUGUCAUUAUUCCCUGCACCACGCACUAGACUACUGCAACACUGUUUCCCCUGCCAUAAACCCUCACAUUAGUGCCACAAAAGAGAGAUGAUGAUGAUGAUGAUGUGCUGGUUCAUGGAAGAAAAUGUAUGCUGUUUUUUCGAUCUUGAUUAGCGAUUGUCAAGGACGCACAGAAAUUCCCAAAUGUGUGGAGUUUUUAGUUCAGAUUGUUUGUAAUAUGUGAUCUAUAGGCUAAGAGAGCUUCACAAGCUGUUUAUUGAUUGUGGGGUUUGAAUAGUGUGAGAAGACAAAUAUAUUUGGUGAAAAUCACAACAUAUGGUACGAAAUCUAUUCUAGCUCUUAAAGGGGCAGUAGCCUACCUUGGGUGUAAUUUUUAAAUUUUUUAUUACAGCAUUAUUUAUUUGGCAUUUAUUCUAUUGCUAUUUAUUCUGUUAUCAAUCAAAUGUACAUGUUAAUAGUAUCUUCUGAUUACAAUUAUGUCUCAGAUUUUAACUAAAUUAAAUCUAUUUGCUUCCAAAAUGUAAGUAGUUAUAUCUAGCUGUCCGAUAACACAUUCUGAUUGAAUGCUUGUCCUGCACUUUGUAAAAAGCCAGAGUGCGUGUUGGGAAAAAGAUCUUGGUUCCUUUCUAAACAUAGCGAUGUGAAUGCAAAGAGGAUUCGGUCCACAAAAUAGGUUGAAGUGAAUUGGCAAAAGAGUUGAAUCCUCAUUCAAAGGCAAGGGCAGUGUGAAUAUAAAGACAAGUAUUGUGAUUUUUUUUUUACCCUGGAGUUCUUUUUAAAGAGGACUAUAUGUGAAAACACCCUAAGACAUUAUUCUGGUGAGCACUGCUUUAUUUAUUCUUCUGGGGCAACAAGUUAUGACAGAAGAGAAGCUGUAUCUAUCUAUAGUUGACAAACUAAUGGCCUACCAAAUGUCAGAAACUUGUCUAAAUUAUGGGUGAAAGGAGACACUAGGCUAUACGGUCCACUAUGGAGUAUCAGCAAAAUGAAUUAUGGUGGAUCGAACUGCGGUAAGCCUACUUUUUUGAAGGGAUUUGUUUGACGAUCAGAUGAAAACAUCAUCACACAACACCCAUGAUAUGCGAAACUGAGCCUGCCCAGACCGCGAAAAACAACAGUAAACGGGAUAAGAUGUUUACAUGCCACAGUAUUCCGUCUAAUUUCAGCAUAUCCCAGGCAUCUUAUACAGGUUUUUCAUAACCGGGAUACAAGCUUUGUGGGGUUAUUGUAAACAGGAUAUGAUGUUUAUAUGCGUCAACUCAAAAACAGAAUAUUGAGUAUUCCGAAUAAUAACGGGAUAUUGGUGCGCAUGCAAACUUGGUCAGAGUAUAGUGUGGGAUAUUCAACUCUUACCCUACGAGAUCCAGAGCCUGCUGGUUUUCUGUUCUGAUAAUUAAUUGCACACACCUGGUGUCCCAGGUCUAAAUCAGUCCCUGAUUAGAGGGGAACACUGGAUUUUUCGUACAUCUGCGCGGCACCUUCAGCAUUCAGAUGCUUGUAAAAUGGCUUUCACAAUGUCAAAUCAUAGGCUUUAUUAGUUGUGUCAACCAAUGUAAUUUGCUGGAUCAUUUUUACCAAAUGAGCUGUAGAAAAUUGUUUUACUGGAGUGGUAUAGCCUAACGGAGUGGACACAACACAUCCAACUGCUGAUUGGGUUUUCAAUCCUAUAGAUUUUAUUUAGAUUGUUCAGGUUCACCAUAAGAAAUAGUUUUGGUAGUUUUGCUUUGAACAGUCCUUUUGUAUUUGUCAUUUUUGGGGUAAUUUCAUAAAGGACAGCAAUCAUCUUUGUGAACUGCUUAUUGUUGCAUUGGUCGGAGAGCUACAUACAUUUCCAAACGGUCUAAACCAUUUGCUUUUGAGAUGGGGGGGGGGGGUAAAAUCCAAAGCUGCAUUAUAUUAAUUGGCUAAGUAAAUGCCAUGCUAAUUUCUAAAGAUAAAUAUUGUCAGUAUUGGCUCAAAACAUUUUUAUCUGCAAAAAUGACAAGUUAAUCAGUGGGUGAUGGGGAUUUCAGAUAAAAGUGGGGGGACAAAAAACAUAAAUUGCCCCCACCCCUAAUCUGAUAGUGGAGUGGUAAAUGCUCAGUUUGCCCUAUGGCUCAGCUCAGGUGCCUACACACACCAUUGACAUUGACACUCACGCAUUCACUUAAACACACACUCACACUACUGUGUGUUGACAUUGAUAUGGUAUGCACAAAGACUAAGAUUUCUUGUGUGGGCUUUUGAAUACAAAGUCUCAAUAGUCUUCUGUAUCAUAUCCUUUUCACACUACUAAGCCAAGCCGAACCGAACACUGCCAAAUCAAGCUGUAUUGAGAUGGCCGGCAAGCCUGGUUAUGCAUCCACCAUAGUUUCUCUAUGAACCCUGCUGAAAAGGAAAUAUUUAAACCUGCAUAGUUUGGAUCAGCAGAACUACCGAAACUGCUUGCAUUUGCAAAACUAUUUGAGCAAUCAACUGACCUAUGACCAUGUUGUUCUAUUUGAUUCACUUUUCCAUGUAGAGGGAAUGGCAAUGAGGAGGAACAGGAGGUGGCUAGCAGCAGCCCUGGCAAUGCUGGGUCUUGCUAUGUGUUGGCCCUGCUCUACUGGGGACACUGGUCCAGAGUGCACUCGUGUCACUGGGGAGACUGGUAAAAGUGGCAGUGAGUAUCUGUCCACUAUCGACACCCAGAUGGCAGAACAGACCCAGCGGCAGCACCUGGAAGCUCUGUUUGACAGGUAAAUCCUUAAGGUGGAACUCCAGUCUCCUUUUCACCUCAUGUAAACACCUGAUUUACUUAACAAAAGGCACAUCUCAAUAGGUGGUCCAGGUAAGUUAUGACAUCAAAUAUACAAUUUUAUUCGCCACAUGCUUCGUAAACAACAGGUGUAGACUAACAGUGAAAUGCCUACUUACGGGCCCUUCCCAACAAUCCAGACAGAGAAAAUUUUGCCACACACGGAGGAUCUAUGACUAUAGCCUGUUGCCGCUUUGACUUAUGAUUGGCCAACAACAACAAGGUACACGUGCCACACUACUCUACGUGCCACUCUCUAGCAAGAGCAGUAGCAGCAUACAUUAUACAAUUUCUCUCUCUCUCUACACUGCAGCAGUCGCGUUCGGAUCUGUAUGGGCCCUCCCGGACAACUCAGUUAAAAUUACACAAACCCAAAACCCGUGACAAUCAGAUCCGACCCAGAACCGUGACAUUAUUUAGAAUUCUGGAUCCGUCUCGGGUUCAGGUCUCGGGUAUUUGGGUACAGCUGGAUCCGUGAAGACCUGUAGUUCAGUUCUUGGGCACAGGAACUAUGGUGGUCUGCUUGAAACAUGUAGUUAUUACAGACUGGGUCAGGGAGGGGUUGAAAAUGUCAGUGAAGAUACUUGCCAAGCUGGUCGUGGGGGGGUUGGGCCUUCCCUUUUUUGGUUCUCUAUUGUUCCUUUUUAAGCAAGGGGAAGGUCAAUGACAUCACGGAUUUCCAUCAGACCGACUCCUUGAAUGCCCUACUCCUUGAAGUUUGCAGUUGUCUAAAAAAACACUUUUGCUCAAAACAUAUUUUUCUAGUCUAUAUGCACACCUUGAGCGUGUUCAAUAGGGUAUUACAUUUACAUUUUAGUCAUUUAGCAGACGCUCUUAUCCAGAGCGACUUACAGUUAGUGAGCGCAUACAUUUUUUCCCCCAGCAAAAGGUUUGAAAGGCCCUUAAUUUUUUAUUCACGUUCUGAAUGUGUGAACCUGUGUACAAAGGUGAUGAGAAUCAGAUGCAUUACGCCUAAAUAUAAAUUCUUUGAAAAUGUACAGGUACGGGGAGAAUGGCACCAUUUCGCUGGCAGGCCUGAAGCGCCUAUUGGAAAACGUGGGGCUCGACCGAAUACGGAAAGUCAUGGUGCAACACCAUGAACAACCCGACGAGGAUGGAGCAGAGGGGUAUCGGCGUGGACACCACAACCACCACCGUAACCACCAACACGAGGACGACCAUAAUGGCACACACCGUCAAAAGCACUCCCACCCCCCACCCAUUGAGCCCAAGAAGGUUCCCCAGACCCCCAAGGUGCCCAAAGUAGAGGACCCCACCCCGGGGAAGAAAGUGGAGAAUUUGGAUGCCCACCAUAACCUCUAUGUGAAGAAAACCGCAUCGCAGGAGAUUAGCACCACCACUGCGUACACCACCAAUGUCCUAGUGAAGUCCGAGGCAGUGCGCAGUCGGCGGGAAGCGGACUCUGACUCAGCCCACACUGCUAGUCUGACCACUGUCAUACAGGACAGCAACUCUCUGGUCACUGAGAACCAAACCCAGCCAAUCAUGGUCAGGCAGGAGGGCUCGGAUGACCAGCACUUAGAUGACCAUGACCACGAUAAUGACCAUAAUGAUCACAACCAUGAUCAUGAACACAGUCAUGAUGACCACAGCCAUGGUCAGGACAGCCUCCACAACCAGAGUCAAGAUCACAUACAGGAGAAAGCAGAGGUAUGAUUUGGGCAGCAAUGUGGCAUUCGGGGUGUUUGACAUACUAGUCCAACAUUUGUCAUUGUCCUAUACAAAUGUUUGUCCCAUAUUUAGGUGUCUAAUGUACUCAAUUUUGUCUUCCAGUUAUUUAAAUGUCCCAUAUUCAUAACCUUUUUUCUGAUUGGGUUCUCUCUCUCUCCUAUCUUUGUCAAAACAAAUCAUCAAAUGGUCAUACUGUACUUAUUUAUUUGGUCACACGCACGCAAUUUUUGUUUCAUAAUCUGUAUCAUCGUUGUAUAUUUUAGUGUAUGAAUGCCUCCAGUAUCCUGUCGUCCCAUGGGAUGGCCAAAGGGGCCCUGUCUCUCAGUGACUUCAGCUACCUCUGUCCUGCCCUUCUCAACCAGAUCGACGCCAAGUCCUGCAUACUGCACGGCAACCAACCACCCCAGCAUGUUGACAAAGGUAUGACUAUGGCUCUUUUUGCAAUUGUCUGAACAAUUGGACCUCUCCUCACCUCUUCAUUUCAUUGCACUGAUCUGAAAGAACUGACCAUGGCCCGGUUUCCCAAAAGCAUCUUAAGGCUAAGUUCAUUGUUAGAACCUUCAUAGGAGCAUCGUUAAAUAUCCAAGCUGUUUCCCAUAACCAUCGUUAUUAAUGUUGCACUUGAAAACGCUCCUAAUCUAACGCGUGCCUCAGACCACUCAUAGAACAGCUAAGUGCGUCGUUAGAUAUUUUUUUUGCCCUCCCGCGUCACUUAAUACACAGAAGAGCUCCGCUAAACAUAAUCACAUGGUUGAUCCGUCUCUCUGUGACCGCCGAUAAUUUCAGAACAAAGUUGACUACAAAUACGAAGUUGACAAUGUCUUUGCAAUUAAUACAGACAAGCAACAUAUAAAAAGAUGCUUCAAAUGGAAACCGAGAUUACUGCAUUAAAAUCUAAACAGUUAGGCUAUAGGUGUUUAAAAUAGAGUUCAAUUUUGCUACAUGUAGGCCACUGUCUGUAAUUUCUUUCAAUAUAUUUCAUGAUGUGUAGCCUAACGUGCGCAAUGAUGUGCCAAAUCGGUGAUUUAGUGAAUUUCUAUUGGGUAAGCAUUAGAAUAAGCAGCCUCUAUAUUUCCAGCCAUAGGUUGUACUAUCUCUCUAGGAGCUGAUCCAUCGUCAUUAUUGUGAAAUAAUUCUAAUGUUAAGGUAAGAUUUGAAUGGAGAAAGCUGAUAUGAGAGCAGAGCUCCCUUUUUUCUUUCGAUCCUAUCAGUAUCGACACAUGCUCCAACAAUGCACUUAGUGACCGUUCUCUCUGUGUGAUUUUUGGGAAAUGCAUGUUGCAUCUUCGGCCGUUCCACCGCUAUUGGGAAGACGGGCCCAGGUCAAAGCCAGCCUUACUAUGAGCUUCCGCUGUAUUGAUUUCACUUGUCAGGUCUUUUCCAAUCAGUGCUGUUGAAGGGGAGGAGAUGAGCAGAGGAUGGAUUUUGAAACAAUAUCGACAGAGCCUGUAUCUCCUCUCACAGAAAGUGUAGUCACCUUACACUGUCUAGUCAGCAAGUCGUACAAAAAUGGGAUCCACUUGCUAAUCUAGUGGGAGUCUCUGAUGGGUGCUUUGGAAUAUAUAAUAUGAUACAUGUGCUCGCACAAUGCAAUAAUUGUUUGAAGUGCCAAUGUUUCGGUCGACCAACCUUUGUCAGAACAAAAGGGAAACUGUGCGAGCAAGCAGUGUGCUGGAACCUCUUCUUUUGAGCCUCUUGAUUUCCAGUAUCCUCGGUUUAUUCAACUUGCAGACAACAAUGAAAUGUAAUGUAAUGUAAUUAUAGCUGCUUUGAUUGAAUUUCAUGGCAAGUCAAUUGGACACUCAAGUACCAAUCAAGUGGUCGAGGUCUCUUGACUUUGACCUUGAGUUUCACGUGUGUUUUGGUACAUUUCGAUCGAUAUUAACUGCAAGGUUGAUAAUAGUGCAUACUGUAAUCCACACAUGCUCCAUUUUCUGGUCUGAAGAGUAUGGUUCCUCAUAUGUCUCUUCUAUUGGCUUGCUUUUAAAGGCACAAUCUGUGACUUUAAUAUCCAGUCAAAGUGCUUCCCAUGUACUUGUUUAAUGAAGUCCGAUUGUGCCUGGACAAUAAUGCCAUUUUGAAGAAGAUGUCACUCACUACAGCAUAAUGUAAAGACAAUUAUUAAAGCUAUUAAGCAUAUUCAUUUUAGUAAUGCCUUAUAUGCAUUGAUCACGUUUAUUUGAUCCCUUCCAGUUCACAAGCAUCAUAAUACCCAUUUCCAUGGUCAUCACAACCAUGACCAUCACAACCAUGACCAUCACAACCAUGAUCACACUCAGGAGGAUCACCAAGUGAAUGAAAACAAGAAAGUAUGCUCAAUUCAAGCAGGUAAGAACCACUGUAUUGUUUUGUACCAGGUUCAUUUUCAGUAUUAUGUCCUCCCUUUUAUUCUGCCUCCAUUUAUGUGGUAGAUACGAUAAAUCUAUUAGUUAUCAUGAAAUGUUUUUCACUGUGCUAAUUUAAAUCCAUUACACCAGUUUGUCUAUUAUACAUUGGGGGACAUUUUGCUUGAGCAAAUAGCAGUGAGCUAAAAUGUCAAAGUUUCACUUGCAUCAAUGAACCUUUUAAUCCAAAACGGAUCUGUUUGUAUACAUGUGCAUGUGUUUGAACGUGUGUGUGUGUGUGUGUUCAAGCGUGGGCCGGCGGCUUUGUCUCCAUCACCAUCAUCAGCCUGCUGUCCUUGGCGGGCGUGGUGCUCAUCCCAUUGAUGAACCGCGUCUUCUUCAAGUUCCUGCUCAGUUUCCUGGUGGCGCUAGCCGUGGGCACGCUGAGCGGAGACGCCUUUCUGCACCUCAUACCCCACGUGAGUCACACUAGAUGACUGCUUUGGACCACUACAUAUUAGGGAAGGACAUGGGGGUUGUUUCUGAAAGCUAAACAUGAAGCUUGGUCAUUGUGACUGGCCAGUUAAUCAUGCUGAGCUGGACUUAAGUCAAGAUCGCCAUGAUUGGGUGCAUUAGUUUUAGCUUGCCUUCACUUUAGGACCAAUUUGAAUGGUCUGUACAAAAACUGCCCACCCGUUGCACUGGCGAGCGAAAACAAAUGCACCUAUUGGUUCUUAUACGCCUUGCUUCACUCACACUCACGCGUAAAUUCCCAUCUCCUCCUCCUACCCCACCAGUCUCAGGGGGGCCACCACCACCGUCAGCACUCUGUGAACAAGACGUCAGGGCACGGUCUCCACGGGGAGGAGGAAGAGGACCAUAACCUGGACGGGGUGUGGAAGGGGCUGACGGCCCUGGGCGGAGUCUACUUCAUGUUCCUCAUCGAGCACUUCCUCACGCUGGGCAAAAUGUACAAGGACAAACAGAAGGUCAGUGGGGGUGGGUGGGGUGGGGGGGGUCAUCGAGGGUUGGCUUCUAUUGUGUCUAAUGUAGUUUUAGUCUUUGUGUUAUAUAUUUGCUGAAAUGUUUAUUCAUUUUUGAUAAUUCAGUAUGGAAGCAUAGGUGUGAAUGCAUUUGUAAUGCAAAAAUGAAAGAUAAAAAAAAUAUAUUGUAUAGUUACAGGGUAUUUCCCCUAUAUUCAUUUAAACUCAAUUUUUCACAAUUCCUGACAUUUAAUCCUAGUAAAAAUGCCCCGUCUUAGGUCAGUUAGGAUCACUACUUUAUUUAAGAAUGUGAAAUGUCAGAAUAAUAGUAGAGAGAAUUCUUUAUUUCAACUUCCAUUUCUUUAUCACAUUCCCAGUGGGUCAGAAGUUUACAUACACUCAAUUAGUAUUUGGUAGCAUUGCCUUUAAAUUGUUUAACUUGGGUCAAACGUUUCGGGUAGCCUUCCACAAGCUUCCCACAAUAAGUUGGGUGAAUUUUGGCCCAUUCCUCCUGACAGAGAUGGUGUAACUGAGUCAGGUUUGUAGGCCUCCUUGCUCGCACACGCUUUUUCAGUUCUGCCCACAAAUGUUCUAUAGGAUUGAGGUCAGGGCUUUGUGAUGGCCACUCCAAUACCUUGACUUUGUUGUCCUUAAGCCAUUUUGCCACAACUUUGGAAGUAUGCUUGGGGUCAUUGUCCAUUUGGAAGCCCCAUUUGCGACCAAGCUUUAACUUCCUGACUGAUGUCUUGAGAUGUUGCUUCAAUAUAUCCACAUCAUUUUCCUUUCUCAUGAUGCCAUCUAUUUUGUGAAGUGCACCAGUCUCUCCUGCAGCAAAGCACCCCCACAGCAUGAUGCUGCCACCCCUGUGCUUCACGGUUGGGAUGGUGUUCUUCGGCUUGCAAGCAACCCCCUUUUUCCUCCAAACAUAACGAUGGUCAUUAUGGCCAAACAGUUAUAUUUUUGUUUCAUCAGACCAGAGGACAUUUCUCCAAAAAGUACGAUCUUUGUCCCCAUGUGCAGUUGCAAACCGUAGUCUGGUUUUUUUAUGGCGGUUUUGGAGCAGUGGCUUCUUCCUUGCUGAGCGGCCUUUCAGGUUAUGUCGAUAUAGGACUCGUUUUACUGUGGAUAUAGCUACUUUUGUACCUGUUUCCUCCAGCAUCUUCACAAGGUCCUUUGCUGUUGUUCUGGGAUUAAUUUGCGCUUUUCCCACCAAAGUACGUUAAUCUCUAGGAGACAGAACGCGUCUCCUUCCUGAGCGGUAUGACGGCUGCGUGGUCCCAUGGGGUUUAUACUUGCGUACUAUUGUUUGUACAGAUGAACGUGGUACCUUCAGGCAUUUGGAAAUUGCUCCCAAGGAUGAACCAGACUUGUGGAGGUCUAUAAUAUAAUUUAAUUUUUAUUUUCCCAUGAUGUCAAUGAAAGAGGCACUGCAUUUGAAGGUAGGCCUUGAAAUACAUCCACAGGUACACCUCCAAUUGACUCACAUUAUGUCAAUUAGCCUAUCAGAAGCAUCUAAAGCCAUGACAUCAUUUUCUGGAAUUUUCCAAGCUGUUUAAAGGCACAGUCAGCUUAGUGUAUGUAAACUUCUGACCCACUGGAAUUGUGAUACAGUGAAUUAUAAGUGAAAGAAUCUGUCUGUAAACAAUUGUUGGAAUAAUUACUUGUCAUUCACAAAGUAGAUGUCCUAACCAACUUGCCGAAACUAUAGUUUGUUAACAAGAAAUUUGUGGAGUGGUUGAAAAACAAGUUUUAAUGACUCCAACCUAAGUUUAUGUAAACUUCCGACUUCAACUGUGUGUGUGUGUGUGUGUAUAUAUAUAUAUAUAUAUAUAUUAUAUAAGAGAGAGAGAUAUCUCUAUCUCAAUCAAACAUUAGGAACACCUUCCUAAUAUUGAGUUGCACCCCCCAUUUAGCCCUCAGGACAGCCUCAAUUCGUCGGGCCGUGGACUCUACAAGGUGUCGGAAGCGUUCCACAGGGAUGCUGGUCCAUGUUAACUCCAAUGCUUCCCACAGUUGUGUGAAGUUGUUUGGAUGUCCUUUGGUUGUUGGACCAUUCUUGAUACACACUGGAAACUGUUGAGCGUGACAAACCCAGCAGCGUUGCAGUUCUUGACCCAAACCGGUGUGCCUGGCACCUACUACCAUACCCUGUUCAAGGGCACUUAAAUAUUUUGUCUUGCCCAUUCACCCUCUGAAUGGCACACAUACACAAUCCAUGUCUCAAUUGUCUCAAGGCUUUCAAAAUAUUCUUGAACCUGUCUCCUCCCCUUCAUCUACACGGAUUGAAGUGGAUUCAACAAGUGACAUCAGUAUGGGAUCCUAGCUUUCACCUGGUCAGUCUGUCAUGGAAAGGUGUUCUUAAUGUGUUGUACACUCAGUGUGUGUGGGGGGGGGUGUGUGUAUGUGUUUUAACUAUAGGUGAAAGCUAUUAUCCCUUAUUGAUGUCUCUAAUUAAAUGCACUUCAAUCAGUGUAGAUGAAGGGGAGGAGACAGGUUAAAGAAGGAUUUUUAAGCCUUUAGACAAUUGAGACAUGAUUGUGUAUGUGUGCCAUUCAGAGGGUGAAUUGCUAAAGCAAAAGAUUUAAGUGCCUUUGAACGGGGUAUCGUAGAGGCUGUUCUAAGGGCAAAAGGGGGGAGACGGUGCAACUCAAUAUUAGAUAGGUGUUCUUAAUGUUUUGUACGCUCUCUCUGUGUGUGUGUGUGUGUGUGUGUGUGCAGUAUUUCUGCCGAGACGCACUUUUAAAUAGAUAGUCGAUUCAAUGACUGGAAGUCUACAGCUAGCAUGUCGUUGUGCUUAUGCUAGUAGCAAUGCCCCCCCACCCUUUCCACAACUGCUGAAAACAAUCCUAGGGGAAAUACUGUUCCAGCUACAUGCUUCCAUCAUUCAGCAUCUUGUAUUUGUAUUUCUGCUUUUGAUUUCAUGCAUGUUGUGAUCUGCAGAAUUGGUUUACAGAUAGCAAUGAGCAUUUACAUAAAUGUGAUGUUUAUCUUUGUUCUUUCCACUCAAAUAUUAAUCUCAUAUUAACCAAACAACAGGUGAAGAAAUAUGACCAGAAUGAUGACAAGGUGGAUCCUGAGAAACUACAGGCGCUGGAGGAGAACGACCUAAAGCCAACUGAAGGUCAAUCAUUGAGGGUUGUGGAGACAUUUAACAAACAAUGUGACAACAUUCACUCUGUCUCAGUGCGUCAAAACACAGAUGCAGAGACCAACAGUUUGACUUCCUAGUUUUUAUCAUCUUAACAUUUAUUGAUAAUGCAUGCAACCAACUUUUACUUACUUUAUUUUUAUGACGUCUAUUUGACAGGGAUAAUGUACGUUAAUCAGCAUUUCUGUAAUGCAUCUGCCAGAUUUAGCUCAAAGGCUAAUUUUCACCAGUAAGACAUUGCGUCAGAACCCAGACGAAAAUACCAAAGGUUUAAUAUUUAAAUGACCAUGUGUUGUUGGGUUAGCAAUUACCUUCGGAGCACAUUGAUGCUAGUGUUUGUGUGAGUUCGAAUCCGACCGAUGCCAUUUCUAACACACACUGUCCUCCUAACUUUGUUUCUCUCACUGUCUCUGUCCAAUAAACAUGAAAAAUACAGAAAGGAGUGAGAAUUCCCACUCUUUAAAAAAACACACACAAACAAUUAACCCUGCCUUCUGUCGUGUCCAAAUCCCCCCCAAAGACGUGAAUACUAACGGCGGUGGCAACUUCGGCGACCACCACAGCGACGGGCUCCACCGGGGCAGCGAGGAAGAGGAGGUAAUGCUGGCGCCCGCCACCUUGCCCGAGGGCUACGCAUCCAUGUCGGGCUCGGCGGCUGCCGCAAUGGCCUACACAGCAGGGGACUGUGAGAACAAGUGCCACUCCCACUUCCACGACACGGUGGGCGAGGCGGACAACCUGCACCACCACCACCACGAAUACCACCACAUUCUGCACCACCACCACUCUCAGAACCACCAUCCACACAGCCACUCGCACUCGUACUCGGAGCAACACUUCCAGCAGGCGGGCGUGGCCACGCUGGCCUGGAUGGUUAUCAUGGGCGAUGGUCUGCACAACUUCAGUGACGGUCUGGCCAUUGGUGCGUUCAAGUUUGAACUUUCCCUCAAUACAAGGGGAAAGCGUCUGUUUGAUAAUAGUGUGAUAAUGCUGUUUUAAUGUUUUCUUUUCAGGCAUUUGAGGAUGAGAGAAAUGAGUUUCAGCUAUCAUAGAACAUUAUUUCUUUAAAUUUUAGUAAAGGGAAAAGGGGAUACCUAGUCAGUUGCACAACUGAAUGCAUUCAACCUAAAUGUCUUCCACAUUUAACCCAAUCCCUCUGAAUCAGAGAGGUGCGGGGGGCUGCCUUAAUCCACGUCCACAUCAUCGGCGCCCAGGGAGCAGUUGUUGAGGGUUAACUGCCUUGCUCAAGGGCAGAACGGCAGAUUUUUCCACCUUGCCCGCUCGUGGAUUCGAAGCAGCGACCUUUCGGUGACUGGCCAAACGCUCUUAACCCCUAGGCUACCUGCCACCCGUAGUAGUACUAGUCAUGACUAUACAUGAGGAUGUAGGAGAAAUGAGUUUGAACCUACAUUACAUUUAGUCAUUUAGCAGACGCUCUUAUCCAGAGCGACUUACAGUUAGUGAGUGCAUACAUUUUUCAUACUGGCCCCCCGUGGGAAUCGAACCGUAUUCUUAGGUUCGACAUACUCUUAGGUUUGAACACCUUUUAACCAUGGCUUAAGUGUUUGUUCAACAAUGAGAAACGUCACUCCUUUUGUAUCUGCUGUUUUGUCAAGAUCUGAUAUGAACUGUAUUACGUCUAGUUUAUCACUGUUGAACAGCCAUCACUAGCCGUCUACCAGGUGAUGCACACCACACACACACAACACACACACACCUCAUACUCAUAAAGACGCACGUAGACGCACACACUUGCAUACACACUCACACAGCCAACGCUGCUGUCCCAUGCAAUAGAGACAUUGAACCAUUGGUCACUUCCUGUUUCACACUGUAUUUAAAUACUGUAUCCCCCGACGUAGCUCAUCAUAGUAUUUCUACCACUGUACAUUGUAUUUUAGUUACACUGUUUAUACACACCGCAUAUUUAUUUAUACACUGGAUUCUUGACAUGGCUUACUCUAUCUUGUGUAGAUGCGUAUAGAUUGCAUUUGAUUACUGCUACAGUAAUUGCCCCGCCGUUAUUGAUUUCUUGUCUUUUUUUUGUAUAUUUUAAUUGUUAGGAGCUAUUAACAUAAGCAUUUCGCUGCAAAAUUUCGCUGCAAAACACCUGCUUAACUGUACGCGACCAAUAAACGUUGAUUUUGAUUGAUGUUAUUAAACUCAAUCUUUAUGACCCAUAAUGAAGGGUUGUACAGUUAUUUAAUGUUUCUUUAUGACUUAUGACAGGGGCAGCGUUCACGGAAGGGCUGUCCAGUGGCCUCAGUACGUCGGUAGCCGUGUUCUGCCAUGAACUGCCUCACGAGCUGGGUAAGACGAAACAGCCUAACCAAUACUUACAGCUAUCACUUUAACCUGAGGUGGACACUUUUGAUGUUGAAUGAACACCCCCUCUUUUUUAACAGUAGCUGUCAAAACUGCUUUCAAAGGUGUGUUUUUCCCCAAUUGCAUCAAAAUGACUGGGCUUAUUCAUGUUUCUCUCCCUGUGGCAGUAGGACUUGCAAUUUGAAAGCGCCUUGAGGAAUGUUUUUUUUCUCUCAUCGAACGCAAAACAAAAGCUGACCAAUAUAAAAGUUUACAACUAUUGGGAUUGUCUGAUUUUGCUCUUCGUAAAAGUAAAUGUGGACAGCUUUAGCAUCUUGAAAGUGCGCCUAGGCAGAAAUAUUUGUUCAUGUUCCAUGUUUUUGGGGUUUGGCAACAAUUGAACGUUGGUACAGUGCCACUGCUUAAGGAAUAUCUAAAAAGCACUGCCUAGGCCCUCCCCCAGUGCACUGCUCUCAUUGAAUUGCUGCAUUUUUUUGUAUCCAACUUUUCUCUGGUCCGUGUGUCCUAAAGCCAUGCAUCCUUCCUCCCCCAUAGGUGACUUUGCUGUGCUGCUGAAGGCCGGCAUGACAGUGCGGCAGGCCAUUCUUUACAACGUGCUGUCUGCCAUGAUGGCAUACCUGGGCAUGAUCACGGGCAUCCUCAUCGGGCACUACGCUGACAACAUCUGCAUGUGGAUCUUCGCCCUCACCGCCGGGCUCUUCAUGUAUGUCGCCCUGGUGGACAUGGUAAGUCCAUGAUUUUAACAUUAUUAACGUACAUGUCUGUGUACUCGCAGGUUCUUGAAAGGACAUUGUAAUGAAGAUGGUGUAGCCUUGUAAAUGAAAGCAUUAUUGGCCAUACUUUUUCAAUGUUUUGCACAGGCCAUGUUAAUAUUCAGUAGGGGUGUAACAGUACACAUAUUCGUACCGAACCGUUCAUACUGGGACCUCUGUACAUACAUUUAGUUUUUUAUAAAAACAUUAGGCCUACGCUGCGUUGUAUGCCUCUUGAGUAAAUCGGAGCUGAAAAAACAUUUCUGGCUAUUCCGUUAAAACAACUAGAGCCUAUGCUCACGUUGUAAUCAAAAUUCUGAUCUUAAUUGGCUGCGUUUAAAACGGUCCUUUUGUGAGGCGCAGCCGGGAACUAGUUACAGUGGUGGAAAAAGUACCUAACUGUCAUACUUGAGUAAAAGUAAAGAUACCUUAAUAGAAAAUGACUCAAGUGAAAGUCACCCAGUAAAAUACUACUUGAGUAAAAUUCUAAAAGUAUUUGGUUUUAAAUAUACUUAAGUAUCAAAAUGAAUCAUUUCAAAUUCCUUAAAUUAAGCAAACAAGACGGCACAGUUUUUAUUUAUUUACGGAUAGCCAGGGGUACACUCCAACACUCAGACAUCAUUUACAAACGAAGCAUUUAUGUUUAGUGAGUCCGCCAGAUCAGAGGCAGUAGGGAUGACUAGGGAUGUUAUAUUGAUAAGUGCGUGAAUUGGAAAAUGUUCUGUCCUGCUAAGCUUUACAAAUGUAACGAGUACUUUCUGAGUGUCAGAGAAAAUGUAUGGAGUAAAAAGUACAUUAUUUUCUUUAGGAAUGUAGUGAAGUAAAAGUUGUCAAAUAUAAAUAGUAAAGUACAGAUACCCCCAAAAACUACUUAAGUAGUACUUUAAAUGUAUUUUUACUUAAGUACUUUACACCACUGACUAGUCAUGUACGAUGGUGAGUGGUGGGGUCGAUAAACCUGGAGGAUUCUCCAUCCUCGUUGAAAUCUCCAGUUUGGGAACGAUUUGGCUUCCCAGUAGAUUACAACGGUGAUGGACAGAGUAUGUUGCCACUGCUCAACGAGAAUAGCCUAUUCAGCAGCCAACACCUCACGUUUCCACAUUACUACCACCGGAGCAAAACGGAAAAGGGAGAAAAAAAAGAAACUUUGUCUCCCCUCUGCAUUCAAGCAGCCCUUCGCAGCUGAUUCUCACCGGGCCAAAGAUAUUACAAGAGCGAUAGGUAUGUUUAUAACCGCGGAUAUGCGCCCAUUCUUAGGUGGUUGAGAAGAAUAGUGGGUUUCAGCACCUCGUGAAAGUUCUUGAGCAACGUAACAAACUUUGCCCUCUCGUACCCAUUUCAGUGAACCGGUAGUACCCGCUAUAUACUGCAUAAACAAGCUAAAGCCGACGACGUCAAUGAAUUGGCCAAUGCACCCUGUGUUGAGCUUACUACAGAUGGAUGGACCUCCGGGGCUAGCGAGCUACUUGCAGUGCCUUUGGAAAGUUUUCAGACCCAUUGACUUUUCCACAUUUUGUUAUGUUACAGCCUUAUUCUAAAAUUGAUUUAAAAUAAUAAUAAUAAUCUCAGCAAUCUACACACAAUACCCCGUAAUGACAAAGCGAAAACAGUUUUUUAGAAAGUUUAGCAAAUGUAUAAAAAAUUAAAAACAUAAAUACCUUAUUACAUAAGUAUUCAGACCCUUUGCUAUGAAACUUGAAAUUGAGCUCAGGUGCAUCCUGUUUCCACUGAUCAUCCUUUAGAUGUUUCUACAACUUGAUUGGAGUCCACCUGUGGUAAAUUCAAUUGAUUGGACAUGGUUUAGAAAGGCACACACCUGUCUAUAUAAGGUCCCACAGUUGACAGUGCAUGUCAGAACAAGAACCAAGCUAUGAGGUCAAAGGAAUUGUCCAUAGACCUCCGAGACAGGAUUAUGUCGAGGCACAGAUCUGGGGAAGGGUCCAAAACAUUUAUGCAGUAUUGAAGGUCCCCAAGAACACAGUGGCCUCCAUCAUUCUUAAAUGGAAGAAGUUUGGAACCAUCAAGACUCUUCCUAUAGAUGGCUGCCUGGCCAAACUGAGCAAUCGGGGGAGAAGGGCCUUGGUCAGGGAGGUGACCAAAAACCAGAUGGUCACUCUGGCAGAGCUCCAGAGUUCCUCUGUGGAGAUGGGAGAACCUUCCAGAAGGACAGUCAUCUCUGCAGCACUCCACCAAUCAGGCCUUUAUGGUAGAGUGGCCAGAUGGAAGCCACUCCUCAGUAAAAGGCACAUGACCGCUCACUGGGAGUUUGCCAAAAGGCACCUAAAGACUCUCAGACCAUGAGAAGCAAGAUUCUCUGGUCUGAUGAAACCAAGAUUGAACUCUUUGGCCUGAAUGCCAAGCGUCCCAUCUGGAGGAAACCUGGCACCAUCCCUACGGUGAAGCAUGGUGGUAGCAUCAUGCUGUGGGGAUGUUUUUCAGCGGCAGGGCCUGGGAGACUAGUCAGGAUCGAGGGAAAGCUGAACGGAGCAAAGUACAGAGAGAUCCUUGAUGAAAACCUGCUCCAGAGUGCUCCGGACCUCAGACUGGGAUGAAGGUUCACCUUCCAACAGGAUAAUGACCCUAAGCUCACAGCCAAGACAACGCAGGAGUGUCUUCGGGACAAGUCUCUGAAUAUCCUGGACUUGAACCCAAUUGAACAUCUCUGGAGAGUCCUGAAAAUAGCUGUGCAGCGACGCUCCCCAUCCAACCUGAGCUUGAGAGGAUCUGCAGAGAAGAAUGGAAGAAACUCCCCAAAUACAGGUGUGCCAAGCUUGUAGCGUCAUACCCAAGAAGACUCAAUGCUGUAAUCGCUGCCAAAGGUGCUUCAAGAAAGUACUGAGUAAAGGGUCUGAAUACUUAUGUAAAUGUGAUAUUUCAGCUUUUUAAAAUUUUUAUAAAUUAGGAAAAUGUCUAAACCUGUUUUUGCUUUGUCAUUAUGGGGUAUUGUUUUGUAGAUGAUGAGGGGAAAAAACUGUUUAUAAAAUUUUAGAAUAAGGCUGUAACGUAACAAAAUGUGGAAAAAGUCAAAGGGGUCUGAAUACUUUCCAAAGGCACUGCAAGUGACAUCAAAUUACAUCACAUUAUACCCGAGGGGGAAAUGAGAAGUACUGUGCCACACACCCUUUAUCAAAGUCACACAAGUGCGCAUAUUUUUCUCUUUCUAAGAAAACAUUAUAGAAUAGGCCUAUACAAUCUCUGAGCCAUGUUUAGAUAUUGAUUUCACACACAUUGCACUUUGUUUCAGUGUUGUUGAGUAAUCGUGUGUUUUUCAUUUAAGAAAAUACAAAGUGUUGGUAUACCUGAUUGUUCCCUCAUCAGGCAUUAUGAUAAUGCAUGGAAUCAGGAAUACCAACACUUUGCAUUUUCUUAAAUAAACAAAAAUAUAGUACAGUAACUGUUGACAUUUCAUUUUCGCGCUAAACGGAAACCAUGACCCCAAAACCGCAAUGCGUACCGCCCCAUGGGUUUGGUGAACCGUUACACCCCUAAUAUUCAGGCCAUACAACAGUGUUUUUAGCAGCAGUCAGUUGUCCUCCAACCAACAGAGCAACAUUGAGUUUGUUUACCAACAGUCAGCACCAUCUGUUAUGCUGGUGCAGCUGGACUUGUCAAAAAUACCCAUCCCACGAAGUCAAACAGAAUUGUACUUUUGCUUAGCUUUUUGCUUAUCUUGCUGAUAAGUGGCCCUCUGAACCAUAUGGCCUCUUCACACACACACACACACACACACACACACACACAAAGUGAGAGAAGCAAGUAGGGACUGGAGCUGUCACAGGCAGCUGACUGUUGUACAACCCAGCUAAGUCCCCUCAAGUCUGACCUCUUGUGGCCAUGUUAAAUGUAUGCGAUGUCUUCCAAAGCUACAGUGCCUUCGGAAAGUAUUCAGACCCCUUUGACUUUUUCCACAUUUUGUUACGUUACAGCCUUAUUCUAAAAUGGAUCAAAUGUGUUUUUUCCCUCAGCAAUCGACACACAAUAACCCAAAAUGGCACAGCGAAAGCAGGCUUUUAGGAACUUUUGCAAAUGUAUUAAAAAUAAAAAACAGAGACCUUAUUUACAUAAUUAUUCAGACCCUUUGCUAUAAGACUCCAAAUUGAGCUCAGGUGCAUCCUGUUUCCAUUGAUCAUCCUUGAGAUGUUUUUACAACUUGAUUGGCGUUCACCUGUGGUAAAUUCAAUUGAUUGGACAUGAUUUGGAAAGGCUCACACCUGUCUAUAUAAGGUCCCACAGUUGACAGUGCAUGUCAGAGCAAAAUCUCUGGAGAGACCUGAAAAUAGCUUUGCAGCGAUGCUCCCCAUCCAACCUGACAGCUUGAGAGGAUCUGCAGAGAAGAAUGGGAAAGUCUCCCCAAAUACAGGUGUGCCAAGCUUGUAGCGUCAUACCCAAGAAAACUCUAGGCUUUAAUUGCUGCCAAAGGUGCUUCAAGAAAAUACUGAGUAAAGGGUCUGAAUACUUAUGUAAAUGUAAUAUUUCAGUUUUUGGUUUGUCAUUAUGGGGUAUUGAUUGAUGAGGGAAAAAAACAAUUUAAUCCAUUUUAAGAAUAAGGCUGUAAUGUGACAAUGUGGAAAAAGUCAAGGGGUCUGAACACUUUCCAAUAGCAAUUUCUCGAUCAGGAAUACAAUAAAGGUGCGUCUGUGAUUGGAGGCUUCUGUUACCACAAAUUUACAUUUACAAGCGGCUGAGUGGCAUUUCAAAAUAUUUCAAAAAUACGGAUCUCUUGUGAUAUGGAUAUUACACGUCAAUAUCGCAAUUUCGAUAUCAAUUCGAUAAAUCGUGUAGCCCUACCAUCAUGCAUUUUAAAAGCAUAGGGUUGGUGUAAUUAUUGGAUGGAGAGCGUUUCCACCGUUGUUAAAUCCAUUAAAUAAAGUGUAAAAUUGCAUACUUAGGGGAAGGGCGGAGAAUGGGGAUGCAGGAUUAGCAUGUUUACUUGAUUCUAUGCCUUGAAUUAGAAGCUGCUUUCCCAGAUAACUUCCAUUCAGUACAAACCAGUGUUUGACGUUUCACAGGUCCCGGAGAUGCUCCACAACGAUGCUGGGGACCAUGGCUUCAGCCAUUGCGGCUUCUUCCUGCUCCAGAACGCAGGCAUCCUUUUGGGCUUCUGCAUCAUGCUGCUCAUCGCCAUCUUUGAACACAAAAUCCAACUGGAAAUAGACCUCUAAACGGUUGGAUCUCAAACCUGGUCUCCAAGGACCCCUGUGUUUGCAGGUUUGAAUCCAAACCGAACUUGGUACUGGGAGAAGGAAUAGAUGAAUCGAACAUGGUUAGUUGAUUAGAACAGAAUGUAGCCUUCAGUUUGAUUGUAAGCCCACAUGCACAGGCAUCCUUGGAAGACCAGCAGUGUUGAGAAACACUCCUCGAACUGACAGGACCAAGCGCCGUGUGUCUCAGCUGCCAAGUGGCCACAUCACGAGUCAGCCAUUACUGUGUCUUUCCCUCUCAUCUCCUCUCCUCCAAGAAGUGAAAAAUAAUAAUGGUAAUGAUUAGUGUGACCAUUUCUUUUUGGUCAAGAUUCACCUGUUGCAAAAUGUCAAUUGGCAUGUAUUCUGUAUGUGUGUUAUGUUUGUCAAACCUUUUGGUGUUGCAUAGCUGUCUGUCUUCCCUCAGUGUGCUUCAUGUUUUAUUUCUGGUCAAGAUUUACAGUAAAAAAAAAAAAUAGAGGACCACGUUUUGUUGACGGGAUGUUUGGAAAAAACAAGCUUUAUUUGUGGGCGUCAGAACAAGGGCCAAUCCUUUUUAUUUGGUUUAUUUCAAACCCUUAUGUCACAUUCCUGAGACAAGUGAAAGCUCAUUGAUUGGGGAGGGCAAUUGGGCAAGGAGGCUUCAUGCCCAAUUUCUGGGCACUGUUGCACAAGUUGUGACUUUAAACAUUAUAAAUCUGCCAGUCGCCUUGAGCUUGUUUUAAUCCCAACCUAACCCACCUCCUUGGUAACAGUGCACCACGUCUUUAACUGCCCAAUCAAAACUAAUCAAGCCAAUUUAAGGGCAGUUAAUUUCACUAUGCCUCUGGAAUUGUAUGCAUAGUGUUAUGCUCGGUGGGGGGAAAGAACUUAAUCGGUCUUUGAAGUCUGUUACAUUGUCCUCACAGAGGAAACUUGGUUGUAAAUGUGUUGUAAAUUAUCCUUGAUUUGAAGAGACUGCAGAGCUAUUGCAGAUGUACUGUAUCUGACAAUUAACACUGUGUUGAGCAUUUCCUCCCCAUGAAAAUAGUCUAUUAGAGAAAAAAGGCUCCAAAUCUCUAUCCCAAAGUUUGUUCAUUUAGCCAGUGUCAGUAGGAUAUCCAGUCAUGGGACUAGAUAGAUACAUAUCUAUCACAGAUUGUGAUUUGGAGGCCUUUUUGCGAUCUGAUACAUGAAUGAAUUUUAUCUUCACUGAGUUAUUAUAGUGGUAACUCAAAGGUCCUAUGAUGAAUGUGUGAUCUAUGUGUUCAGAAUGAAGCCACUCAAAGUGGUAUUAUGUUUUUAAGUUAUCGUGCCAAUAUCUCAUCUCGCUGUGUUUGAAAAGAUAGCCAAACCUUUGUGGUCAGGAACAAUUCAUGUUUUCAUGUGUUUCACACACUGUUUAGGAAGAAGUACAUCAUGAAGGGAACCAUUUUUGUAUGCCAUCAUUUGACUGUUGUGUACUUCAGGCAGCUUUGGAUGUAAUAUGUGUUACUUUACAUUCCAGAAGAAAAUAAAAAUUAAUGCCUACCACCUC